AUUUGCGCAUUUUCCGAUGUGCGCAAAUUUGUAAUUGCGUUUUUACUGUGUGCGCUUUUUAUGUUUGCGCUUUUUGUCUGUGUGCGCUUUUUUGUUUGAGCUUUUUCUAGUUAUGCAUUUUUCUAUUUUCGCUUUUUUCUGUUUACGCUUUUUUCUGUUUGCGCUUUUUUCCGUUGCGCAUUUUUUUGCGCUCUUUUCUGUUGGGCUUUUCCCCGUUGCGUAUCUUUCUGGUGUGUAGCCUACUACGCCUCCACAUAAAACAGCCAGCCGUCUUUUUCCUCACACAACACUGUUCUGACGUCAGCACAGAAUCUGUUGCUGUGACCUACUUCUAGUUUCUGGGAAAAAUUCUAGAAAACGAAAUUUGUAAUGGUUGUGCUUUUAUUUAGCUUGCACGUUCCAAUCUAAAGAUUCAAGAUGGCAUUUUGUGAACAGCUGAAAAUUACAUUGGCGUUGGUUGGCAAAGCUGGAAAAGGCAAAAGUGCUACUGGAAAUUCUAUUUUGGGAUGGCCAUAUUUUAAGAGUGAUGAAGCGGAAACGUGUACAUUGAUGGUAGAUGUUCAAUGGGUUACAUAUGAUAACCUGGUGGUUAAAGUGGUCGACACGCCUGGUUAUGUUGAUUCGGAUAAAAAGGAAGACAUAAUAAGCACCAUCAUCCAGAUUCCUGAAGUGAUGAGUGUGUGCCCAGAAGGUAUUCAUGUCUUUUGUUUGGUUUUAGAAUACGGGGCUAGGUUUUAUAAGGAAGAAAUAAGAGCUGUGGAGAAAAUAAAAGAAAUUUUCGGUGCAGAUUUUUUAAGAAAUCAUGGAAUUAUUAUAAUGACAAAGGGGGAAAGCUUUGAUUUAAAUCAUGAAGACAUUUUAUUUCAUCAAUGGUGUGAUCAACGGACGGGUGAGUUAAAAGCACUAAUGAAUGACUGUAAUAAUAGAGUUGUGCUUUUCUAUAACAAAGGAGACAAGUAUGAAUCCAAAAGACAGAAUUCGGUGAAGCUACUUCUAAAGUAUGCCAAAAGUAUACAGAUAAAAGGUGCUUACACGAGCGAGAACUUUAAAACUUGUUUCAAGAAGCGAGAAGAAGAAAUUUUAAAACACAACAUCCCAAAGUUAAGUUUAGAGUUACAACAAGAUUUGGGUGAAAUAAUGAAGGAUGUGUCCGAUCUGAAAAAACGCAAUGCUGCGACUGAAGAAGAUUUGACAAGAUUGAAAGAGGCUAUCAAAGAACUUUUGAAUAAAAUACUUAACACAGUUGAAAAGGUUCAGAUCAAAGAAAAGUUGAUUAAAAAAGUUCAACUAAUUCAAAGAAAGCUGGUUAUAAUUAACCUAAAUAAACCAAUCAAUGAGCAGCUACAUGAAAUAGCAGUACUGUUAGAGGAUCUUAAAAAUCCACCGAUCUCCAAAAAAACAGUAGCAUUGAUAACAGCUGUAAUAGUCGUUACUGCCGGCAUUUUGACUGGAGGAGUUGGAUUAGGCUUUGGAGUGAUAGCUUUACAAAUUGCAGGUGCAUCGGCUACAGCAGGAGCUUCAGUUACAGGGUUAAUGACAUUGCUGGUUGAUAUAGUUCACAAGAAGUUAGAAAGUAAAAGGAAAUUGAAGGAAAAGGCCGGACAUAAAGAUUGAGCUGCCAAAGAGACACAAUCUGAUUCGAUUUUUACAAGCUUUUAUUUAACUCACUUCCUCUGUCUGUCGUCAAUCGUCUGUCUGUCUAGAUCGAAACGCCGGAGCGAAAAUUCAGACACUUCUACUUGACCGAUACGAUCCACAGUUGGCACGUAGGUCAAGACAUGAAGACAAUGCCAUCUGAAACUAAAUAUGACUUAAUUGGAUGCCUAAUUAAUUUUUUAUGAAUUAAUUAAAAUUUGGACCGAAUUAGUAGGCAUGUCUAUCCAACCACACCACACGCGUCAUCACGUUCAAUGGCUGCGCCAUCAGGUUCAAUAGCUGCCCCAUCACGUUCAAUAGACGCGCAAUGGUUUUAAGUCAUGUAACACUAUUGUAAAUAAAAAAUGUAUUAAAUUACAUGAUAAAUAAACCGGGAGUGAUCUCCCCUAAACUUUCUCGAAUAUUCUUAUAUAAAACAACAGGGGAUGGGAACUCGGGCUAUAGACAUGAUUUUUAACCCAUUUUAAAUACUUAAAGUUUUAAAAAUAGAAUAAAAUCUCGUAGACAAAAGAAUUACACACCAAGUGAACGCCAAAUAAAAAAGUGCAUAAUAGUGCGCAAUAUUAUUAGUACUUUAUAAAUUUACAUGCGUUUCUUGAGAAAUCGGAAAUAGCGUAAAUUAGUAGUUCCGGUCAACGGAAAUUACUCAAAAUUUAACAGAAGGUAGAAAAUUAGAUCUUUUACUUACAUGGGAAAUUUCAUUCAUC